AGGAGUCUGACAUAUUUUACGUCAAGUGCUCUUUGGUUCGGUGGUAUUUGUUUCCGGAUGUGUAACUAGAAGCAAGAAUGGCUGCGCUGUUUACGUGUUGUCUAGGCUGCUGCGGGGAUGGCGGAUCGGGGCAUAUCCCCCUGAAAGAAAUGCCUAUCGUUCAGUUAGAUACUCACCACAUGGGCACAGAUGUUGUCAUUGUGAAGAGUGGCCGGAGGAUAUGUGGCACUGGAGGCUGUCUGGCCAACGCUCCUCUGCACCAGAACAAAAGUUAUUUUGAGUUUAAGAUCCAGUCCACUGGUGUGUGGGGAAUAGGUGUGGCGACGCAGAAAGUGAAUCUUAAUCAAGUGCCUAUGGGCAGAGACACAAACGGCCUAGUCCUGAGGCAUGAUGGGUCUGUGUACCACAAUAAUGAAGAGAAGAAUCGCCUACCUGCAAACAGCCUCCCUCAGGAGGGUGACAUUGUGGGCUUCACAUAUGACCACGUGGAGAUGAAUAUAUAUCUGAAUGGAAAGAACAUGCACUGUCCUGCCUCAGGGAUCCGAGGCACUGUAUACCCCGUUGUUUACGUGGACGACAGUGCCAUCUUAGACUGCCAGUUUAGUGACUUCUACCAUCCAGCUCCACAAGGAUUUGAGAAGAUCCUCUUUGAACAACAAAUCUUCUAAAGGAUCACUUCAGCCUAAGCGCCUCUUUAACAUGUCACCCUCUCCUGUAUCUCAUAGCAACCUCUGUGACACUACAGUCUGAUCUUGAUUGGAUAUCAUGUGUGGCUUAAUGCCUCUUGUUUUGUUUCCCCUGAUUACUCAGGGUCUCUCUACUCAUACCUCGCGUUGACGUUGGAGUAUCCUUGAAGGAGUGGGGGUUUCUGAUCAUUGGUUGUCUAUGAAUAUGCUGGUGGUUAACUGUCAAAUAUUUACCUUGUGUCAGUGGUCCUCGCCUUGUAUUGACUGAAACACUUUCAAUCGCUGCUUUCAUUCUCAAUCUGUGUGUAGAUGCCGGACAGCGGAUGAAAUGGUUAAAUGUUCAGGAUCAAAAAGCCAUGUCUUAUUCACAUUGCUUUAUACUUAUAUUAUUUGAUUAUUUAAUCUCAUAAAUGUCCUACUGACUCAGCAUACGCCCUAUAUUUAUUUGAGUCACCUAUUCACUUUCAUUUAACAAAACCUGUCUUUCUUUUGGCCGGCAAGGGUGUGAACUAAUGAAGCUGUCGAUACUGACACAUCUGUCAACAAAAUCCCAUUCACUUUUAUGUACUUUUCUUUAAUUAAAAAUACAAUAAAAAGAAGUGAUAUUGCAACACUUUUUCAAUUUGAGUUGACACAAAGAUGGUUUAAAUAUGCACUCCAGUUAUCCAGAACACAUUCACAGAGAACUGCCGGUUUGACUUUCACUGAGGUUUGCUGAGGUGACAUGCUGCGAAUAUAUUAUACAAAUAUUUAAAAAAAACAUUUCUUAAAUUACUGACACUAAUUAUAUAUCAAGCUUGAUUUCCAAAUCAUUUCUAUGAACAGCUCUUUAGACUUUCCACACUUCCUGAAAUCUUCAUGGUGUUUUUAUUCUAAUUAUCAGAAAAUUACCAAAGUUGGUGCCGGCUGUCUCAGAUUAAAGAUUUUAAUGGUUAAAAAUGUCAAUCUGUUGUGUUGUAUUGGCAUUGCAUAAUUCGCUGCUAACAGUUACAUAUUUAAAAUGCUUGUCUUUGGUUGCACUAAUGAUGUUAUUGUACGAGCAUAUCCAAAUAUUGUCGAUUCAUUAAACUUUUGUGUCUGGAGGCAAA